CCCGUCCUACCGGUCCCCCCGGCUCCAGGGCUGCGGCCGGGAUGCUGCUGGGGAGGCCUGGGCCCUGCCUGGGUGCGGCUCGUUACCCAGGGCAGGAAUUAGCAGGGCUCGGGCGCCUGCCCUGCUCCCUCCACCCUGCCGGCACACCUUAAAUCCCAGCCUGACGCAGCCGGGGCCCAGAGCCGGCCACGCAGGGCACCAUGGCGCGGCGAGCCUGCCUCCUCCUCCUCCUCCUCCUCGCGGCCCUCAUCCCCCUGAUGGCACGGGCCGGCCCGACCCCGCGUGUGCCUGGAAGAUCGGAGCCGGCGAUGGGGAUGGAAAAGCCUGGGUACUGCUACCACAUCCCCGAGGUGGAGGACCUUCUGGACAAGGACUGCAGCUCCUGCCGCCAGGACACCUCGUGCUCCCACUGUGCCGGUGACGCCGACUGCCCCGGUGCCACCAAGUGCUGCCCCAGCAAGUGCGGCUACACGUGCCAGGAGCCGGUGCUCGAUUUCUGCUACCUGCCCUCCGUCUGCGGGAACUGCAAGGCGCUCUUCAUCCGCUUCUUCUACAACGCCUCCAGCCAGCGCUGCGAGGAGUUCAUCUACGGCGGCUGCGGCGGCAACAGGAACAACUUCGAGACCAAGCGGGAGUGCUUCCAGGCCUGCUCCCACAUCGGGAACCGGCCGCACCGGCAGAGCCCCCCCCGGGCUGCGGGGCCGCUGCUGCCCCCCGGGGCGAUGCUGGGCCCGGCCCCGCUGCUGACUCCGCGCCUUUCAGCCCCCGGUGCCCGGUAGCACCUCCUCGCCCGCGCCUGGCCCCUGCUGCCUGCGGGCACGGCCCCGUCCCCAUCCCCACAGGGAGCUGUUCCCCAUGGGGCUGGUGGCAGCGGGUGCUGCUGCCCGUGGUGGCCUGUGCUGGGGACCGUGGCCUGCCCGGGGACAGCUGCCUGCCCGAGGGCAGGGCCGUGGUGCGUGCAGCAGCCUGGCUGUCCCCUCCUGUGCCACCGUCAUCGUCGUCGUCAUCAUCAUGUCCUGCCUGGAGCCCAGCCCGUCGCCCGGGGCUGUGGAGCUGUCAAUACAAGGACAGGUCCUUUGAUGAGCAGGUCUGGGUCUUGUCCUUCCUGCCGCAGGUCUCGGACCCAGCUACCCCAGCACAGCUCCUAAAUUGGUUUCCGCUCCCAGUUGUGCCCUCAAGCUGCAGAUGUGACCCGGCUGGGCCCUACAGCAAGCAAAUGGUGGAGAAACCUCCCCACCUCGCUGCGGGGUGGUCCCCUGUGCUGCCCCCAGCUCCGGGGCUGGCCGGGCAGGGCUGUGCCCACGGUGCAUCAGCCGAGCUCCUGCGGCCCCAGGGGGUCGCACAGUGUCCCCUGCCCUGGGUGCGCCCCAGCACCAGGAGGGGAGAGCCCCAGCCCGUGCCCCUCCGUGGCAAUGCGGGGGCUGUGCUGGGGGCUGCCCCGGGCCAGGCUUGCAACGCGGAGACGUGGAAGCAGCCGGAGAUGGUGAGCACGAGCUUUAUUGCUGGCAGCGGCAGGAAGGGGACAGGCCAGUUUGGGGCUGUGGCCACCCAGUGUCCCGGAACAACGGCACCUUCCUGCCACGGAGCUGCUGCUCUCCCGUCACGCAGCAUCUGGAGGGGAGGAUGUGUUUUGGGGAGCCCUGAGGCUGCAGGGGCGAGAAUCAGCAGCCAGGGUCAUAGCCCCAUGGGGUCUGGGCAUGGCCAAGAGAGCUCCCUCCUGCUCCACGUCCCUUUGGGUCCCCAGGCCCCAAAGGAGCGCUGCUGCCCGGAGCUGGCUCUUGCUGCCCCCACGGUGACACUGAGCUGGGCCCCCCAGGGCUGUGGCCCUUUCUGCCUCCCCCCGGGGCCGAUGUCCCGCUGUGCCUCCUGGUGACGGCACCUGCACCGCAGCCUCCUCACUGUCAGGAACCCGCUGCAGACACAGCCGCAGCCGUUGCUGCAGCACUUGUGGCCCCAGGGACACUCCUCGUCAAAGCUGCACAGGUCCCAGCACGUCCCACCUCCCCUGGGGAUGGGGCACGCUCCCACCCUCCCUGCAGGGCAGAGCGCCUUGUGCUCUGUGGGGCACGGCACUGCGGCCCCCAGGGGUGCCAGCUAGCACCCACCUCCAGGGACGUCCCCGCAGACACGGCCACAGCCGGUGCUGGUGCACCUCUGCCCCUGGGGGCACUGCAGGUCGGUGUCACACUCCUGCACGCACUGCCCGGGGGCUCCGUCCUG